AUCAGGGCUCGCAAGACUGGAAAACACCAAGUUUUGUAUUUUUUUUGCUGUGAAAAUGAGCGGAACUCCCUUGGUUCUACGUCCGAAGAAUGCAGUGAAUGACUCUGAAGAUUUGCCUUAUGAAUACAUACCACUCGGCGCGGGGCAGAUAAGACUGCUGCGCCUCAACGCCGGCCAAGAAGCAGAUCAGCUCAAUGGCGAGCUCAUUGUUGAAAGCUUCGAAGAGCUGCCCCCGCGACAAAAAGCAGGUACUCCAGCUCCAACAGAACCGAUAGAUCCGAAGAAUUAUGUUUGCUUUGACGCGAUCUCCUAUGUCUGGGGCCAGUCAACCUUCACAGACACCUUCUUCACCCCUCAAGGAUCCAUCCCGAUAACAGCAUCACUCGCUUCUAUUCUACGCCGACUUCGCGAUGAAGAAAAGUCCCACCUAUACUGGGCUGACGGCCUUUGCAUAAACCAGUCAGAUAUGGCGGAGAAGGAAGCUCAAGUGUCUCUUAUGGGCAUCAUCUACAGCUCUGCCAUGAGGGUUCUGUGCGAUAUUGGUGAAGAAACGGAGAAUAUCGCACUUGUACUCGAAGCCAUAGAGCGCUACUGGAAGCGAAACAUCCGUCAUGGAUUUGUUAUGGGCCAAGGCGACUCCAUGAUCCUAUCAGGAGAGUCAACCGCAAAGCUCAUGGGCAUCCCAUAUCCAACAGAUGAGGAGGCAGAUGCUAUUGAAGAUGUUGAAGGAGACGAAUGGCCUGCGCGCUAUCUUGAACUCAUCUCCGCGCCAUGGUUUCACCGCCUUUGGGUCGUGCAAGAGUUUGUCCUUGGACGUGAUGUAGUCAUGGUCGUUGGUCGUCGACACAUACCUUGGGGACAGCUCUGGGCAGGUACUGUAUGGUACAAAGGCGUUGAAUGGCCAUGGGACUCAGCCAAGUAUACGAACGAGGAUCUAACAAGCCUCUUCAUUUCAUACAACGCCAUGUGUCUUGUUCGUUCAUGUCGACUCAUCGAUCUCAAUACGCCACAUGGCCGUGAGUUUAACGACACGGUCAAACUACUCCUUUGUGGAGUCGAGAUGAAUCAAGCAAACUUGCCGAUGUGCAUGGUGUUCUUCUGCUCCCACGGCUGCACUGUGCCACGGGACCGUUAUUUUGGUAUUCUCGGCAUGGUUGAUGAGGACGACAAAGAGAAAGCACUCAGUCUUCGACCUGACUAUACUUCCCCAAUGAGGGACAUAACGAUGCGAUUCUGGAAAUAUGCACUGCAGACCGAUUCGGGAGGAGAGCUCAUGCUCUGUGCGGGUCUACCAGGUCGCGCCGAAGAAUAUCCUUCUUGGAUACGGGAUCUUUCUGCACCGAAACCAUUGAAUCAUAUCUGGAUAGGAGCUCCUUUAAGUACUGCAUGGCACGCAGCAGGGGGGCCAGCAAGCACGUGGUCUGUAGACUUCAGCAAAGAUGACACUGAUCAGUGUUUUGUCCAAGGGUAUCACAUCGAUGAUAUCACAGACAAGUCGCCCAAUGGGCCUUCUGAUCCUUUCAACUUUGUGUCGAUGACUCGUUGGAUUGAAGAAGCUUUCAACUUCUUCGCUGGGACUGAAACAUCAGACGGCGAUUCGAAUACACUGUAUCCUCUGACUGCUGAUCCUGUCCGCGAAGCAGCUCUGAAGGUGGUGAUGGAUUAUAACAAACAAGACACCAUGAGCCCCGAUGACGAAGAAUUUAAGGACAUGCUGCGUAUAGGAUUGUCUCUCCCUCGCGUAGCUUUCUCUGAAGAUGCUGAGGAAGAGAUGGCUGGAGAAGAGGCGGCUGACACAGAGAGCAUUGAGGAAGAGGUCACUAAGGAAGAAACCAGCGAGGAAGAGACCAUUGAGGAGAGGAUUAUUUCUGAGUUUAAAGAUGAAAUACUCACUUUGCAAGAACUCUUCCUCCGUGUACACAAGACAAGAGGAUUGGGCUACUAUAAAACCGGGAAGGGUCUUUUUGCACUACUGCCAAAGGACACCCGCCCUGAUGACUCUGUUUGGAUUCUUAAGGGAUGCAGAUUACCUGUUGUACUACGGCCAAGUAUAUCGCAUGAUGAUUCAUAUGAGUUUGUUGGAGGUGGCUAUGUGUAUGGGAUUAUGAACGGAGAGAUGCUGGAAAAGCCUGGUUUUUCAUGGCAAGAAGUUUCGCUCAGAUGA